UGCUUAAUAGUAUUAAGUUUAUACACGUUAUGUUAUAACCUUUCUGAACUUAGAGUUCAGAGUGUUCAGACAACUGUUCAGUGUUUAGGUAGUGUUAUGUGCAAAUUGAAACAAAUACGAAUAAAACAGUCACACGCAUAAAAAAAAUUGAAACACAAAAAAUAAGUAAAAAGAGCACACACAGAGUUUUGUUUAACAGUGUAUGGACAAUAAGUGAUCACAAUGUCGGAAUCAAAACCGUCUGGUCUAAGGCCACCAUCGAAAAUUGGCAGGCCAACUUGCACCGUUGCUCCAAAGCCUGCUAUACCAUCGACACCUGGAUCAUUGAAUAAUAGCGUCGUUCUAACGGAGGACACCGACAGCUUCAUUAUCGGCGAUCAUGUCUGGGUCGGUGGCACGAAACCCGGUCAAAUCGCCUACAUCGGCGAAACGCAAUUCGCACCCGGCGACUGGGCCGGCAUCGUCCUCGAUGAGCCCAUCGGUAAAAACGACGGAUCGGUGGCCGGCUGUCGCUACUUUCAGUGCGAGCCAAAGCGCGGAAUAUUCUCACGGCUGACGCGGCUCACGAGGCAGCCGAUACCUGCGCCCGUCAGCGCGUCCUCGCCCGUCGACAAGCCCGGCCUCGCCAAAUCCUCGCUAAACACCUCGACGACGAGUCUGGCCUCGACGGUGACGACAGCGACGACGACGAAGGAGCUGCAGAUCGGCGAACGGGUGAUCGUGUCGUCGAGCCAGGGCAGCAAGACCGGCGUGCUGAGGUACAUGGGAGCGACGGAAUUCGCCCCGGGCGAUUGGUGCGGCGUCGAGCUGGACGACCCAGUCGGCAAGAACGACGGCUCCGUCGCUGACAAGAGGUACUUUGAGUGCAAGGCGAAGCAUGGCUUGUUCGCGCCUAUGCACAAGGUGAGCCGAUCUCCGUCCAGCAGGCGCUCGACGUGCCAAGCGCAGAGGCCCACGGGAGCGUCCCUGAACGUGUCGCUGCUGCGCAGCAGGGCAGGGUCGCGCGAGUCCCUGGCUUCGGUGACGAGUACCACGACCAGCAUCGCCAGCCGGGCCACCGCCGCGUCCACCGCCAGCUCCAGGGACCUGCUGAAGGACAGGCAAAAAGAGAUCGAGAUCCUGCGCAGGGAGCGGGACCUCGAGCGCGAGCGCGUGACAAAGGCCGCCAGCCAGGCGGACGAGGCUGAAAAGAUCACCACGGCCCUGAAGAAAGAGUUUGCCGAGUACUGCGAAGAGACGGAAAAGGCCGCCCAGGAGACGCAGAGCGCGUUGGCGAAACUUUUGGAGGAGAAGGAACACCUGAGCGCGCAGUUGGAGGACGAGCGAAGGAAAUGCGAGGACCUGCUGUUCCGCUUCGAGGAGGAAUCGAUACACAAGGACGACGUACAGAACGACUCCAGCGACCAACUUGUGACAAAUGCGAAAUACGAGAGCAAAAUCAAGGAGCUGGAGAAGCAACUUUCGGAGGAAAGGGAGAGGGUGAUACAGCUCGAGCGAGACGGCACGAAGCUGUUCGAGGCCGAGGAGGAGCUGACGAAGCUGAGACUCGAAACCCGGAGUACCACCGCGGGGGAGAAGAGCGAAUUUCUCGAUGUACAAAGACGCGCCGAGGAGCUGGAAAGGGCGAAAGUUGAGCUCGCAAAGCUCGUUGAGGAGAAGAGCCGGUCGCUGGAGGAGGCGCGCAAGAGACAGGAAGAAAACGAAAAGGAGCAGUCGCGUUGGGAGGAGUGCAGGUCGAAUUUGCAAAAGCAGCUCGAUGCCACGGCCAAGGAGCUUAGGGAAAAGUGCGCCUACGUCGAUGAGCUCCGGAACAGCUUCGACACCCAGACGGAGGAGCUGCGGAAGGAAAUCGGGCAGCUCAAAGGGAGCAUCGGGAGCAUCGCCGAGAGUAACAGGGUGGAAACAGCUAGGCUGGUCGAGGAGCACGAGAGGGCGUUGAGGGAGAAGGAGGAGCUCGUGAGGAGCAAGUCCUCGGAACUGAAGGAGGAGUCGCGGAAGGUAUUCGCCACGCAGGAGGGUAUUUUGGAGAAACUGAAGGCGGAGAGUGCUCUGCAAAUUCAAGAGCUGUCGGAGUCGUUUAGGUCGCAGCUGAGCUCGCGGGACUCGCAAAUCGAGCAGCUGGAAGGGAAGGCCAGGGACGCCGAGAGGUUUUCUGGCGAAUUGGAGCAGCUGAAGAAUGCGUGCGCGGAGAAGGAGGACAAAUUUAACAAAAUUUCGGCUGACUUCGAGGGUUUGAAUACCAAGUUGAAAGAUUCCGACGAGAGAAACGCGUCUCUGAGCAAACGAAUCGAUGAAAUGGUUUGUGAGCACGAAAUGGAAGUCAAAACUUUUGCGGAUCAGAAAACUAAAUUGGAAGACGAUGUUGCUUCAUUGAUGGAAAAAAAUACUGGAUUGAAAGAGCAGCUGAGCAAGUUAGAAGAGUGCAUUAAAGCGAAGGACGAGGAACUGGCAAAAAUUCAGAGUUCCAAAACUGAGGAGCUAGAAAUUAUGAAAAGGCAAUUUGAAGAACAGAUGGGUGAUAAAAUUAAAACGAUUCAAAGUAUUACCGCUGACGUCUCUCAGAAAUCGUCGGGGCUCAGUGCUCUCGAAAAGGAGCUCGACAGCUUGAAGUCGAUCAUAGAAAAUAAGGUUGAAGAGAUAAAAAAUCUCUCCGAAAAGACAUCAGAAUUGAGAGACACCCUGAGUCUAUCCGAACAGACCAAAACCAAUUUAGAGAGCGAAUUGCGCAUGUACGAAGCCAACGUAUCUGAACUUACGGAAAAGCUCGGCAGAGCCGAAGAAAAAAUUUCACAGCUGACGAGCCAAAAAGAAAAACUGGAAGCUGAAAUUUCUAGUGUGGUCAGCACAUCGGUCGACUCUUCGGACAAACUCGUCAAGUACAGCGAAGACUUGCGACAAAAGGAAAAGGAACUCGACAAAGCUCGCGAGCGCGAAUUCGAACUGCAGAAAUCACUAGCAGCUGCGCAGUCCAAGGCAAAUGACGUUGAACAGGGUCUGGGCAAAGCCAACUCUCUGUUGGAGCAGCUUAGAUCCGAAAACGAGGUGUUCAAGACGCAGGUAGCGUCGGAAAAACUGGCAACGCAAAAUGCUCUCGAAAAAAUCGCCGCGAGCCAGGCCGUCGAGCGAGAACUGGUUGAUAAGAACAACGAUCUCCAGGAAAGUUUGAAGAAACAAUCCUCGGAGUUGGCGGGUCUGACGAGUUCCCUCGAGACUCAUCGGGAAAACAACGCCAGGCUCGAGAAAGAACUGGCUGAAGCUCGCGAGCGAUGCGAGAGCGAAAAGUUGCAGCUGGGCAAGCUCGAGCAGCAGAUUAACGAAAAAGGGAGCGAUCUCGAUAGUUUAGAAAAAUCAAACGCACAGUUGUUGAGCGACAAACAGUCCAUGGAUGCAACCAUAAAGGAGCUUAACGAUAGUUUGAACGCUAUGAAACAGCGUGCUGUAGAUUUAGAUAGUGUUGUUGUAAAUAAAGACGCGCAGAUCAAGGAGCUUACUAGUGGCUUAGAGAAUUUAAAGAGCGAGAGGGAAGAGGCCAAAAAGUCUUUGGCUGAAAUUAGUAACAAGUACAACGAUGCUCUCACGGAGCUGACGCUGCUCAAAUCGUCCAAUGUUAAUUUGGAAUCUCAAAUGGCACUGGAAGUGGCCAAUUUGAAACAGCAGCUCGAGGAUGAGAAGCGUACUUUGGAUACGGCCUUGAAAGAAUCAAAGAAUCAUCUAGAUGAAUUGAAUAAGGAAUUAGUUUUAAGCUCGGAAAAUAAUGCGAAAUUGAAUCAGCGAUGCAUGGAAAUGGAGAAUGUGGUAUCGCAGAAGGAAAAAGAAGUGCAAGUUUUGAGCGAUAAUUUGGGUAGUGAGAGAGAAAAUAGUGAUUCGAUGAGGCAACAGAUCCAAACUUUGCAAGAAGAUGUAUCGGGUAAGGAUAAAGAAAUCGCUUCUAAUGCUAAUCGCAUAUCGUCUCUUGGUGAAAGGGAAAAAAGUUUAGAGUCCAAUAUUAAUACCUUGAAAAGUGAUUUAGUGAAUAAAACCGAGCUGAUGGUUCAGUUGGAAAACAAAAUAACUGAACUGCAAAAGCUCUGUGAGGAUCAAGUUAGUAUCAGUAGUCAAGAUAAACAAAAAGAAUUAGAUGAAUUAUUGAAAAAACACGAGCAGGAGCUUGCUUCUAAAGACGCUGCUAUUGCCGAGUUAAAAAAGAUUGGAGAUAGUAAAGAGAAAUCAAUACAAGAAUUGUUGAGUAAGCAAACUUGUACUGAAGAUUUGUUAAAAAGGUAUGAGAAAGAUGUUGGUUUGAAAGACAAAGCUUUGGACGAUUUAAAACGAACGGAGGAAGCAACAAAGAAAAUGAUGCACGAUUAUGAAGAAAAACAAAAAGCCAUUGAAGAUAUUAUAAAAAAACAUGUAGGUGAUAUUAAGUCGAGGGAUAAAGUAAUUGCUGACCUUAGGAACUCAGAAAAUGAAUUGGAAGAGAGGAUACAAAACCUAGUGGGUCAAAUUAACUAUGAAAAUGAAAAAUUAAAACUGUUGGAGGAAUCUCAAAGACAAUUAGAGAAAGAAAAUAAAAAAUUAUCUAAGAGUUACAAUGAGGCAGUGGCAAAGUUAAAUAUUACUAAUGAACAGUUGAAAAAUAGCACAAAUAAUGAUAAAACAAACCAUAAAGUAGCCAAUCAAAAGACUGAACCAAUCAUGAAAAGCGCUACGUCGGAUUUUGAACAACUAAAAGAAGAACAUGACUUAGCUAAGGGCCAAAUAGAAUUUCUGAACUCUGUCAUCGUCGACAUGCAGCGUAAAAAUGAAAAGAUGGCUUGCAAAAUUCAAGUACUUGAAAUGGGUAUUCCUGCUCAAGAAGCUGACGAUUAUAAUUAUAAUUUAAUUGAAAAGAAAUCGCAACCUCCUAGAAUGUUCUGUGAUAUUUGCGAUCAAUUUGAUUUACACGAAACGGAAGAUUGUCCUCAACAAGAUCAAGAUCCCGACCCACCUGCACCUGUAAAAACUGAUAAAAAAGUACUUGCUCAAAGACCAUACUGUGACAAUUGCGAAAUGUUUGGGCAUGACACCCAGGCUUGUGAAGAAACGGAAACUUAUUAA